GCGUCGGUGACGUCGACAGCGCCAGCGUACGGCAGCGUAAUGUUGGGAGUGCCUCGGAGUUUAUAUUGCAUCGAGAAAUGCAUGAAAUACGAAUAAUCCGACGGAGAAAGUCGGAAUAAAGUUACCAAAGAACGGUCGGAAACCUAAAUAAUCUCGUUGUCAUUUAUUUGUUCAAGAAAGAACGGCCUGUCAGAGGAGUAUUUACAUUUUUCGGCCUGUUGCGAAGUGAAAAUCCCCGACCCAGGCAGCAGUGGACGAUGACUGGGCCGAGAAGAAGUGGAUAGUCCUUAAGGCUGUGAUUGCGAGUGGCCGCUUAGCUAAACAGCUGAUAGACGGCAAGGUUAGUCGCGUCGUUUUAGAAACAACGGCUGGCUUUAAAACACACUUUAAUCAUUCGCAUGCGUGGAGAUAGCUAGAACAACUGGUUUUGUUCCCGGUCGUUUUAAAGAUUAACCUGGUUACCUAGAUAAGUAAAUGUAAGUAUUGUUAUGACAUAUAUGUUCUUGGUAAAAGACCAAAGUUUACCUUUUUGACAUGUAUAUGUAGCAGCGUAGCGAGUCUGCGAACUCCGGCUUGAUGACUGACCGGUGUGUAACCAGGUUCUUAGACGAUCUGGGAAAUUUGGACCGUCCCUUAACCUCUUCCAAAUACAAGUUCAACAUAAAUGUCGAGUCGACAAAUCGGGACAAGAGUCGUUUAGUCCAACAGUCGAUAGCUAUGUCUAGCUACCUAACUUAGCUACCUGUCAACAUACAGUAAUAUGUCGCAAGUAAAAGAAUGAGCACCGAGUGAUCAUGUAAGAUUGUUCCGUAUCAUACUAGUUUUCAUUGAUCACAGUUCGGUAACCAUUCGAUAAGAGCAGAGACGAUGUGUAGAGAGACAGUACAGCUGGCCUCCAUUAAGCAUCGUCACUCUCGCCUACAUUAAAUGAUCGCACUUAACUUUUAACUUUAGUUUUCUUCAGGUUUUUUUCAGGUAGAACUUGAUCUUUGAUUCCACGUCGUCCGGUAAGCAAGUAACUGGUACUUUACUAGUAACGUCUGUUACUUUGAAUUCCUUUAACCUUGGACUUUGCUUUUCGUUUAUUAUCGGAUCCUUUGUUUUCAUUUCUCGGCUAUUUAAUCUGAGGCCCUUGACACGACAGGAACGGUCGGGAGACGGUUAUAUAUUGUACUCGGGAAAUCCAGAUAUCAAACAUGAACCGAUACCUACCAGUGGCCAGACAACAUUUUUUUGCCGCAUUUGCCAGCACCAGCGUGGUGGUGAAGUCUAUCUGUGCCACGGUCAUAUUACUAUACCUACUAUCCUGGGCGGUGGACACUGUAUACGUUUUGGGGGUGACUCCCGGAUACCUUUUCCCCCCUAAUUUCUGGAUCUGGACUCUAGUGACCCAUGCGGUUGUGGAGCAGCACCUGUGGGAUGUUGUGGUCAGCGUUGGCACCGUGAUCGCUGCCGGCCGGCUUCUUGAGCCCUUGUGGGGAGCUUUGGAGCUGCUGAUCUUUUUCGCUGUGGUGAAUGUUGCCGUGGGGCUCCUGUCAGGUUUCUCCUACCUGCUCACCUACGUUGCGAGCUUUAAUCUGGACUACCUGUUUGCAGUCCAGGUCCAUGGGAUGCUGGGCUUCCUUGGUGGAGUUCUGGUGGCUCUCAAACAGACCAUGGGGGACUUGACGGUGCUCCGUGUCCCCCAAGUGAGGCUCAAGGUGGCCCCCAUGCUGGUUCUGCUGUUGCUUGUCGUGUUGCGCCUUACGACGUUGCUAGAGACCACGGCCCCCCUUGCAGCCUAUGGCUAUGGCCUGCUUUCAGGCUGGGUCUACCUGCGCUUCUACCAGAAACACAGCAGAGGACGGGGAGACAUGUCCGACCACUUUGCCUUUGCGUCCUUCUUCCCGGAGAUUUUGCAGCCGGUGGUGGGUCUGCUGGCUGGCCUGGUGCAUAGCAUCUUGGUCAAGAUCAAAGUUUGCCGCAAGAUGGUUAAGCGCUACGACGUUGGAGCUCCCUCCUCUAUCACCAUCAGUCUGCCAGGGACUGACCCCCAGGAUGCAGAAAGGAGAAGGCAGUUGGCCCUGAAGGCCUUGAAUGAGCGUCUGAAGAGGGUCGAGGACCAGUCAGCCUGGCCCAACAUGGAAGAUGAAGAGGAAGAGGAGGAGAUUGUGGUUCGAGCAGAUGCUGCUCUUCAGACAGAGAGGGACACUUCACAGCCUAGGGGUGCCAGUUCCUCCCCGAGUCCAAAGGGACAGGAAUCGAGCAUCAUCAGCUUUGAAGAUGCCCCUGGGAAAUCCUAAGGGUCACCAUGGAUACAUGGUGUUGCGGCCAACAUUACAUCC